AUGUCCUUUCCUGCCGUGAGACGGUUGACCCACACGUCUCCCCGCACUUUGGCCCGCAUCCCCAUCUCUCGAGUUUCUCCCACCUUUGCUUCUUCAUCUUCCUCACGUCUCGCUGCUUUCGCCGCUCCUCGCAUCAGCCAGACUCCCCGCUUUUCCACCAUGGCCGCUCGUCAAUCCGCCGCCCCCGCGGCUCCCGCCGCCGACAAGGCCUAUGACCCCGAGAUUCAGGACAUGGCCAGCUACAUCCACCAGUACAAGAUCGACUCUGACUUGGCAUUUGACACCGCCCGCCUGGUGUUCCUGGACACCCUCGGCUGCGGUUUGGAGGCAUUGAAGUUCAAGGAAUGCACCAAGUUGCUCGGCCCCGUCGUGGAGGGCACUGUGGUUCCCAACGGCCCCAAGGUGCCCGGUACUCCGUAUCAGCUGGACCCCGUGAACGCUGCGUUCAACAUCGGUGCAAUGAUCCGCUGGUUGGAUUACAACGACUGCUGGCUGGCCGCUGAGUGGGGUCACCCGUCCGACAACUUGGGUGGUAUCCUGGCCGUCGCUGACUGGAUCUCCCGCACCAACCGCGCUGGCGGCAACUUGGGUAAUGGCAAGAUCCUGACCAUCCGUGAUGUGCUGGAGGCCAUGAUCAAGGCCCACGAGAUCCAGGGUGUCCUAGCUCUGGAGAACUCCUACAACAAGGUCGGCCUUGACCACGUUGUCUUGGUCAAGGUUGCCACCACGGCCGUUGUCUCUAAGAUGAUGGGUCUCACCGAGAAGCAGACGGCUGAUGCGAUCACCCAGGCUUGGGUCGAUGGCCAGUCUCUGCGCACUUACCGCCACUCGCCCAACACCAUGUCCCGCAAGUCCUGGGCCGCUGGUGAUGCUUGCCAGCGUGCGGUCAACUUGGUGCUGAAGGUCCAGAAGGGUGAGGGUGGCUUGCACACUGUUCUCUCGGCUCCUACCUGGGGCUUCUACGAUGUCCUGUUCAAGGGCAAGAAGUUCCAGUUCCAGCGCCCCUACGGUAGCUACGUCAUGGAGAAUGUCCUUUUCAAGGUUUCAUACCCUGCCGAGUUCCACUCUCAGACUGCCAUUGAGGCCGCUCAGGUCAUCAACAAGAAGCUGGCAGCAAUGGGCAAGACUGCCAAGGAUAUCAAGGAGAUCACCAACCGCACCCACGAGGCUUGCAUCCGUAUCAUCGACAAGCAGUUCAAGGAGAUGGACAACUUUGCCGACCGUGACCACUGUGUUCAGUACAUGGUCGCCACCAUGCUGGCCUUCAACCGUCUGACCGCCAACGACUAUGCCGAUGGCUCUGAGGCCGCCACCUCCCCUCUGGUCGAGGACCUCCGCAAGCGCAUCCGCUGCGUCGAGGACGAGCAGUUCACCGCCGACUACCACGAUCCCUCCAAGCGCACCAUCCCCAACGCCCUGACCGUGACCCUGAACGACGGCACCGUCCUCGAGGAGGUCGUCGUUGAGGCUCCUCUGGGCCACCGUCUGCGUCGCGAGGAGGCUAAGCCUGAGAUUCUGGCCAAGUACAAGCGUCACCUUGAGGCGCACUUUGACCAGGCUCGCAUCGAUGAGCUGCUCAAGGUGGGCUGGGAUCGCCAGCAGCUGGAGAACUUUGAGGUCGACAAGUACGUCGACCUCUACGUCAAGGACAAGAUGGUAGCCUCUGCCUAG